AUGUAUAUUUUUAGGGAUAAAACUAUUUGGUUUAAAAAUGUUUCAGUGACAUUAUUGUCAUUUCUGAGACACGCGAUGUUGUAUUAUACCUUAUCUAUAAUGCAUGCGUCUUGAUAAACCUCAACAAUUUUAGCAUGUUUUUCCGUUAAAUGUCAUUUUCAAUUUUUUUAUUCAGUGUAUUUGUUAUGUAAGAACUAAAUUUGUGAAAGUGUAAAAUAUUGAAUGCCACUGUGUAUGGGUUCCAAAUCAAUUCGUUUCAAUGCUAUAUUAAUGUUUGUACAUGUCUAAAUAUCAUUAUUAUUAACCAAAUUUGUUAAAUGUGUACAUUUUUAUAUAGCAACAUCUAAAAAAGCGAAUAGGACCAAUUCAGUCCGCGCGCAAGAAAGAAUCGCAUUUAUUUGAUUCGUGUUUUUCUUAAAAAAGAAAGAAUCCCAUUCUCCCAUUUGGAGAAUGAGGGGUAACGGACGCAGUGUCACGCGCGGGAGCCCAGUGGAUUCCCCUGAAUGAGCUCCAGCUAUGGGAGAUGCUCGUGGUGUUUUUUUGGGAAAAGCCUCGCGGGAUGUCGACCCAGAGAGUCACACAUGGCUUUUCUCUCACAGUCACCGUCACGCGUGUAAUUAAACACUUCGAUCCCAGUCCGUGAAAUCACCCAUUAUGAGCGCUUUAAUGGGCCACCGUUAGAGAAGGACUUUAAACUGUCACCCGGUGCAGGACAGCAGCAGAAACUGUCUCAUCAGCCAAAAUCUACCUGAUUUUACCUUCUGAACUUCCCCGGUGGGACAUGUGUUAUAAAGGUACAGCUUUCACUUCGAUGAGGCCUGUGUUACGAUAUUAGAUUAUAGUGGCUUCGAGUAUGGAAAAGUAUGGAGUAUAGAUUUGAAGAUAGUAAGAGAGAUAAAUUUGCUUCUUCAACACAAAAAACGCGUUUUUGCAGAAUAUCUCAACUCUGGCUUUUAUUUCAACGGAGAGGGAGACAUUUUGUAGCAGUGGCAUGUGGUGGAAUCUUUCAUUCUUCUAUAGUGUGAGCAUAUCCUGAGUAAUAUGGAAUAAUUUGAUACUUUGAGUCGUUAUACUAAGUAUGGAUAGCACAGUGGUGGGUGUAGUAUAGUGUGAGUAUACAGUAAAAUAUUUAUGGAGAAGUGUUGGUAUAAAGUGCAGGGAUAUGUUGAGAAUGAGGCCUCCAUCCCAUCUGCCCUGUUUAAAGCAGCUGAUUCUGGCGAUUCGUUUGUUCUCUCUGAAGAUAAAUGGACUCGGUCUGCACGCAACAAUAACAUCAAGACAACAAUAGCAAAAGAAAGAGGUCCAGACCCGUGUAUGCCGGACCUCAAACAGAGAGGGGAAUAAAACAGAGCACGAGUGUUUCCUCCUCCUGAAUGAACGUCACUUACAGCAGCAGCGCCUUCACGCUCCGCUGCUCCCCACCGCUUUAAGUAUUCCCGCAAUAUUAGAGGAGUCAUGAAUAACAAUUAUUGUCAGGAGGUGUAGCGCGGCGCGCGAGCAGGGCACCACACUCUGGACCAGAGCGCGGGAUCUGGGAGGACAAGAUUUACAUUUGGAGGAACAGGGAGAUUAUUUUGAGUUGAAUACUGAAGUUUUGUUGGUCAUGAGGAGUUGAGAGUGAAGCGCGCUUCUCCUGGCGAGUGUCGUGUAGUGCUGUCGCGUGUUCUUCUGCUCUCUGCAAACGCGCGUGUUUUUCUGCCCAGAUGUUAGUGCACACGUAUUCUUCCACGGACCGCCAUGACGGGGUACCGAGCCACAGUUCUAGACUGUCCCAGCUGGGCUCAGUGUCUCAGGGUCCCUACUCCAGCGCUCCUCCGCUCUCUCACACCCCUUCCUCGGACUUCCAGCCGCCGUAUUUCCCCCCGCCCUACCAGCCGCUGCCGUAUCACCAGAGUCAGGACCCGUACUCACACGUCAGUGACCCGUACUCUCUGAACGCCCUACACCAGCAACAGCAGCACGCGUGGGGCUCCCGUCAGCGACAAGAUGUGGGCUCGGAAAGCGGAGCUUUACUGCCGCAGCCUAGAGCCUCGUUACCGCAGCUCUCCGGUCUGGACCCCCGGCGGGAUUACUCGAGCGUGCGCCGGCCGGAUGUGUUGCUCCACUCAACACACCAUGGGCUCGAAGCGGGGAUGGGUGACGGUCUGUCCCUGCAUGGCCUGGCACACGGCAUGGAGGAUGUGCAGGCUCUGGAUGACAAUAGCGGGAUGAACAUCCUGGAUCAGUCCGUCAUUAAAAAGGUUCCCAUGCCACACAAGAGCGUCGCUUCUUUUAUGAUGAACAAAGAUGGUCUAAUCGGCGGGGUCACCGUGAACGUCAACGAGGUCUUCUGCUCGGUGCCCGGCCGCCUGUCGCUUCUCAGCUCCACGUCCAAAUAUAAAGUGACGGUCGGCGAGGUCCAGCGGCGCCUCUCUCCGCCGGAGUGCCUGAACGCGUCUCUGCUCGGCGGGGUCCUGAGGAGAGCGAAGUCGAAAAACGGAGGAAGAUCACUGAGGGAAAAGCUGGAGAAAAUCGGCUUGAAUUUGCCUGCUGGGAGACGCAAAGCAGCGAAUGUCACUUUACUGACGUCUCUGGUUGAAGGGGAAGCUGUUCAUUUGGCUCGGGACUUUGGCUACAUUUGCGAAACUGAAUUCCCCACGAAGGCCGUGUCUGAAUAUCUGAACAGACAGCACACGGAUCCAAACGAGCUGCACUCGCGGAAGAACAUGCUGCUCGCCACGAAGCAGUUGUGUAAGGAGUUCACAGACCUGUUGGCUCAGGAUCGUACUCCUAUAGGAAACUCUCGGCCUACGUCCAUCCUUGAGCCUGGAAUCCAGAGCUGCCUGUCACACUUCAGCUUCAUCACGCAUGGCUUCGGUUCUCCGGCCAUCUGCGCUGCGCUCACAGCUUUGCAGAACUACCUGACUGAAGCCCUUAAAGGUCUCGACAAGAUGUUCCUGAACAACCCUACGCCCAACCGACACACGCCCGCCGACGGAUCCAAAGGCGUGGAAAAAGAGGAAAAACACAGGAAAUGAGUUGGAAUUACAACAGGAUAUCAAGAGAGAAGGGGCUUCGAACAAAGUCAUUGGAGAUGUUCAGAGAUUCUAUAAACUCUAGUUUUAUGACAUUGCGUUUUACAUUCUGGUGUGAAGGUGCAACGUGGAAAACACAUCGUGGGAAAGCAAAAGGGAUAAGAGACUGGAAGACAUCUCUGUUGUGACUCGUUCGCCAUUUUCAUCUCAUUCCUGUGAGAAUGCUGGAGGAGUGCGUGUGUGCGUUUUUGUGUAUAAAAAGUAUGCGAUAUUACAUGAUGUUAAACACAUGCUGUAUCACACAGGCUGACCUUUACACACAUGAAUCCGAUCAUUCAUAUUUUUGAGCUCAUCUUUGUGCUGGCCAUCAGCAUACAGGAGCACAGGGUUGGUUCGGAUAUUUGAUUUAAAUACAAUUAUUGAGCAGUCUUCUUGGGAUGUUAGUGGUUACGUUUCAUACAUCAUUUACACGUAAAAAUACACACAGGUAUGUUUUAUUAAAAAGUGGCUGUUAAAUGAUGACUUGUUCCACAGAGAUUACAAAGAGAGACUAAAAAGAAUAGAUUUUAUUGCAUUGUUUAAUACAUGCAGUAUUAUAAGCAUUAGCCAAAAAAAAACAGUGCAGACCACCAUGCUAGUUAGAAAAUUGAGAUUUCUUAUUACAGAUGUUUAAUUCAGGCAGAAUUGCUUAAACAGAUAAUCCAUCACUCACAUUUUUCAUUUUAAAGCGUAAUAAAUUACACAGCGUUAAUGCUAUAUAUUCUCAAUCAGACCAUUGAAUACAAUACAAUUUUUACCAGACAUUCUGACGUUUUUUUCUAAUCAGAGAUUUAUAUUCAGCAUGUUUUCCAGAAGCCUCUCAGAAUCAGUUUAACCGAGUGGUCGCAUAAAGAAAAAGAAAUCAACUGUUGCGCAAAUCGAAAUCGUUUUGUAUUUCUUCGAAACUGCUGUUUGCGCUGUCAUGCUAUUCAAUUCUGUGAAAUAUGACGACAUUUUCAUUAAGUUACCAUGAUAUUUUCUCUGUUGCUUACCCACGUUUUAUUUCUUUUGCACAGACUUAAACCAACAAUGAUAAAAUCAUACAUUUAAGGACUAAAACGAUUAUCUUAAAUGAAGCUUGCUUUGACCAAAUGUCAUUGAAAACAAAUAAUCCCCGAUUUAAUGACUUUCUCAGGCUGAAUAAAACUGGGAUAACGAGUUGACCCCGCGCGCUGGAACACUGCCACGCGCAUACCUUCACGCGCUCACCUCACCUGCUAGCGCACAUUCUACAUUCGUGGGCGAGCGCUUGUCAAUGAAGCUGGAGUACAGCCUGUCUGUCAAAGUUAAUAUUUGGUUAACUCUGUGUGAGAAUGGUUCUUUUAUUUAUGUUUGUAUAUAUUUAUUUAUACUUAAUUUAAUGGACGUUUGUACAUAGGAAUAGACUGAGUCGUCUGUUUGUGACUCUCUGUGCGUGGGUGAACGCUUGGUUUAGAUAGCAUCUUGUAUUUUUUGUUUCAUAGAUACGGUGUUAUGUGGUGAAGGGUAGAAGUUGGUUCAUGUCUGGUGAUUUUCAUUUACCUCGAAUUAAAAAUAAAUCGUGUUUUAUUGUA